AUGGUUGGAUUCUUCUCAAGGAGAAGGCAGGGAUUCAAUCGCUACUCGGAGGAAUUGAACCGCUACCAACAGAACAGUGUCGCUGGUCUCCCUAACAAUGGGCUUGAUAGGAACGAUUCGCUAAGCAAUGGGGCAGGACUGGCUGCUCUAGCAGCAUUGAGAAUGCAUUCUCCUCAAACCCAAGCACCCCCACAACGCCAGUCGCAGUACGCUCGUUCCAAUUCUCUUACCUCUGCUGCGGUCUCCAGGCAGCCUGUAAGAACUAAUUCCUUAUCCCUGGGAAACGGCCGGGCCAACUCCUUAAGAACCUAUGUCUACACGCCCAAGGCGUCAUACGUUGCUGGUCAACCGACACAGGCACCACUGCCUCAGCGUCAACCACAACCUAGACUUAACUCGUUGAAUAGCAAUUCAUCGGCUCCUCCAAGACGGAACUCUCUACGUACCAAUUCUUUGAAUAGUCAAUCCUCGCUCAGGAGGCAACUGCACCAGCCGCAGCAGCAACUGUCUGGGCACCAAAAAUUCGCCAACGAUACGCUAUUUGAAGAAGAGGAUGACGAUAAUAUAGUGGGUGUUGUUACCACUACAAAGACUACCAAGGUUGUGGAUGCUCAAGGUAGAACUCAAUCAAUAACUACCGAGACGAUUAAGACACUUCCCGAUGGUUCAAAUAUUAUAGAAACAAGAACUAAAAACAUCUCUAGAUCCAAUUCAUUGAAUGCAGUGAAUAAUGGCGGUAAUAAUAACAAUGGAAGUAAUAGAGCUAGCUCAUUACUUUCCAAUCAGGCCGGGGGUUAUAACUUGAAAAAGAUAGACGAACACUUGCAUGACUUUGAUUACAGCUAUCAUGACGGAAUUACCAACAAACGUGCUCCAGAUCAAGACCCCAAUUCCAAUUUAAAUGGAGUCCAAACUAAUUUCGAAAACUCUCCACCUACCUCUCCAAUUGUGGACGGGACUAUUUCUGGAGACGGAUCUCCAAAUCCAAAGCCAUUAAGAUCUAUACUAAAAAAUAGCGCCAAAAAUGUGGAAUCAAUUCAAGAGAAGUAUGCAGAACCAGAUUCUGCAAAGCUUGCAGCAGCAGCCGCUGCUCAAGACCAUGAGCCUUCGUCAUCUCCAAGCCAGGUCGAAGAGUCUAAAUCUCCUUCUGCCGCUGCAUAUAAAGCAGCUCAAAUGCACGGUUCGCCUGUUAGUGUUACAUCAACUAAAGGAGUUCUGAGUUCUGUUGCUGCUGCUGCCGCCGCUGCUGCAUCAUUAUCUAAAAUGGUGACAUCUACUCCACUUUCGACCCAAAGUGAUAAUGAAUAUACUCCGACUGAAGAGCAAUUUAGCGAUGCACUUGAGACCCUCGAUAAAAGGAAGUCUUUUAUUGAAGUGGAAAAAUCCUUGGAUCCACGUGAAGGAACUGACUCAACACUAUCCUCCCAUCCAUAUCAAAACUUAAAGACAAAAGAGAAUGAUGCGGAAUUCAAGGUUCCAAAUUUGACUCAUGAGUCUAUUACCCCUGUGACGUUACAACCAUCUCCGGUCCUUACCACUACCAGGAAGUUCAGUAAUAGUGUUGAGCAACAGCAAACUACACCUUCAAAUAUCCCACUUUCAGCAUCCUCAUCUAUAUCAGGCUCAAUUAAAUUCAAUGAUAAAGUUGAAACUAUUGGUUAUGCUUCUUCUUAUCAGAAACCAUUACAACCCCCUCCUUCAAAAGCUAUAUCGGAAGAAGAAAUGUACGAGAGAGCACUUGAAGCUGCCAAAAUCAGGGUGUUCGGUGAGACGAAUGAAGUAAGCCCACAAAUUCAAAGGAAUUCUGUAAGGGCCCCUUCGCCUCCACAACAACAACAGACGAAAGAUAAAAGAACAAUGUCAAUCACUUCAAACCUUUCUUCACUUCUUGAUGAAGCCAGAAGGAAUAAAAAACUGAAUAUGGGUUCUCCAUCUUAUCAGCAACAAUCGCCUCCAGCACAGGUACCUCAUUUUAAUACUGACGAAGUCAUUACUGGAUCUGGUGUAAAGGACGACUACCACUAUCAAAAUCACCAUAAAGAUUUUAGUAGGCAUUCUAUGAGAGGGGCUCCACAGGGCCCUGUUGUCGAUUCCACAAGAAAGGAUAGGGCUAAGGAAGAGAAAAACUUUGCGAAGCAAAGAGCCAAAGAAGAAAAGCUUGCUAAGAAGCAAGCUUCAAAGGAUGCUGUUGAUGCAAAGAAAAAGGCAGAAAGGGAAGAAAAGCAGUCAGCUAAAACAGGAAAGAGAUCGGCAAUUUCCUUCUUCACCAAGAAGAAGGACAAACAGUCAAGCAUUUAUUCUAGCUCUUCCUUAGGAAAUGGAAGCAUUGACUAUGAAACACCUCAAGUUACGGAUACUACCGGGACUACUUUUGACUCGAUUGAUGAAACUCCUAUAAGUACUAAUCCAUUAUCAGGGAGUGAUCAACCAUUAAGAGUAAGUGAGCAACUUGCAGUUUCACUGCCCAUCACACCUGUUCCGGUACAGGUGAGAUCUACUUCUUCAUCUCCAAGAACUCCACUAGCUGGACCUGUCAUAAUUGAAGAAGAAGGCGAAGAAGGGGAAGAAGGCGACGUGGAGGAUUCUAGAGUGGAACAGCUUGUGCAGCGGAAUAAUACAGUACCACUGAACGAAGUGCAGGAAAAUGUGACUCUGUCUCCAAUGACCCCCAAAGAACAACAUAUUGUUCAUGUUCCUGAAAUAAAUGGAAAGAAACAAAAGCGGGGACUUUUCAGUAAGCUACUGGGCAAGAAGAAAUCUGAGCUUUCCAAAAAAGAAACAAUUUCGGUUUUACCUUCGAUAAAUGUGAAACCAGUCGAGCCAGAAGUAGAGAGAAAGCUAAGUGAGAAAGAGUCAUCGAUUGAAAACACUCCGGUAUCUAAUGUUGAAUUACCUGAGCCUGUGCUUAUUGAUCAGAAACUGCCAGCAGCUCCUCAAGUUAACUUAGACUCAUAUUCGGAUGAGAUUAAGAAUACUUCAUUAGAAGUAGAUCAAAUUCCCCCAUACCUUAAACUAGAGGAUGCCAAUGCAGAAAGAGUAGCUAAGUCUACAAGUAAUCCUGUUGAGGAUGCUGAGGAAGUUGUCGAACCAGCGGCGGAAUCGCUCUAUUCCGAUUCUGUACCAAAUGCAUACGAGCCAGAAGCACUCAAGAAUGAGGAGGAUUUCAAAGAGCCUCUGCCUCACCCUUCUGUAAUUGAUGUUGAAUCCAUUCAUAAAUCUAUAUCAGAAAGUAUGGAGGUAGGUGAAGUACAGAGUGAUGCUGAUGACGAGUCCAUGUUAGAUGAAUUCACCAAGAAAUUGAGAGCAGCAGCUCAAACUGUUACUAGGGAUGACGGUGAAGCUGAUGAAACAUUCGAUGAGACUUUUGAUCGUGAUGACAAUGAGGAUCUCAAUUUGGAGUAUGAUAAUGAUUUGGAAAACAAGAAUAUUCUUGGUGAAAUUUCUCCAGCUAAGGAACUGCCCAAAGAAAAUGUUGUAAUUAAAGAAACGGAGAAUAAUUAUUCUCCACCUGAUGUGAUUUACAUUCCAAAGGGAGAAGCACCCCUAUCUCCUGCCUCUGAAUUGCCGCCAGUAUUGGGUCCCGCAAUCAAAACUGUUCCUUCUUCUAAGCCUAAACCAAAACAAGAUUUGAUUAAUGGUCAAAUUAAAAAGCCUGUCCAAGAACUAGAGUCUUCCUUUGUGAAUUCUAAAUUGGUAAGUGAAGAGAAAAGCGAAGCAUCUAAUACUGAUUAUCUUAAGGACUUUGUUCCUCCCUCAGCUCCUGCCUUGAACAAUCAUAACAGUACGAGCUCUCCUGGUAGCGUUCACCGCAAUAGUUCUACAAUAGAUCCAAUAGAAGGGUCGCCUAAAUCUGUCCAAUCAACUGACAGCAGGAAGUCUAGAUUUAGACAAAAAAUACUUAAGUAUUUUGUUCAUACUUACGAGAAGUAA